AUGCUAAAAUUUUCGGUCAUCGUUCUCCUAUUGCUGGUCGUUGCGACCAACGGCAAGGCGCUGGAAAACGAGACCAAAAGGUCGGUACAUCUUGUACUUGGAAAUGAGAAGGAAGAACUGCCGUUAAGUCCGAUUAAUAGGCCUCAAGAUGAGUUUGAGACGUUGGAACUGAGUUUUCAAGGGCUUGAGGACUUGACGAUUGAUUUCAAAUUAGUGGGAGAUGAUGUUUUGGAAAUGCGAUGGAACUGGAAGAGGAUUCUUUGUCGCCCUUGCAAGAGCAUUUUCAACGUGUUGAAGAGAGAGUUGAAAGAUGGAGCUGGCCUGACGAAGGAGGCGUUAAAAAAUGCAAUUAACGUAAGUCAAAAUAAUAGCCAUAACCAGCCCAGUUUUGAACUCAAAGUCACUCCACGAGCAUCUUAUUAAGACCACUUUUUCCAGCCUUUAAAUAGGCAAUUUUAGAAUCAAUGUAAAAAACAUCUUGGACGUUUGGUUGGAAAGGUCUGCAGCAAAUUGGGAGGCAAAGGGAUCGACGCUCUGUACGAUCUGAUCGUCAAGGAGGACAAGAGAAUUGAUCCACAGCGGUGUUGCAAGAAAGUUGGACUAUGUAAAUAA